CAGGGGCAUGCUGUACUCACAUUGGACUAGUCAUGUAUCCUCUCGAGACUCAAUUUUUCAUAUAUAAAAUGGGGUAACAGGUUUGGGCUCCAGAGAACUUUGACCAGAAUCUAGAUUUUAAGAGAAAGUCACUCGUUUUAUAUCUGUUUUUUUUCAAACUGUGGGUAAUGAUGUGAACUGAAAAGGUUGCAAUCAUUGUUUAAGGGGGGAAAAAAAAGAAAUGUUGGAAAGUGUCUCACACAUUCAAGAGGAUUUUAUAAAACCUUUUCUUUGAUUUUAUGUAUUGUGAUGUACAUGAUAAAAGGUGUAUGUUACUGUGGGUCAUGUCAGAACAGUGUGAAAUAAUAUUUUAGAUAAUAUCCAAUUGUAACUGUGGGUACCUUGAUGGUAUUUUUUUUUUAAACCUUUUUGCAGUUUGUUUCUUCAUCACUUGUCCAAGGGUGACUACUGUAUAUGCUUUCCAGUAGCAGGUGAAUUGCAUUGAUCUUUAGUUUCUUUUCUUCCUUGUACCACUGUUUGCUAAACGCUCUGUAGGGGGUGGAGCAGCUCUGAGAGUUGAGGAAGCAUGUAGUGCUGAAGGUUGUCAGCAGACUGCAAUCGGCAAAACAAGAAGGAUAUAGUGUUUUGUGUGUGUUGUUAAAAUUCAACUGAGUAAAUUUUAAAGAUCUUAGUUGGCUUUAUUCAAUGAUUCAUUAAUUGGGCGACAUCUCAUCCAGUAAAUAGAAAGGCGCUCCAAAGAGCUGUAUAAAAUGAAAGGUUUUUAUAAGUAGAAGGGGGUGGGAUGAAGUUAGAAAUGCAAAGAAACAGGUCGUUUUAGGCAGGGUCACCUUCCUUUGGGGGCUGGGGUCUGUUGGGCAGAUGACCUCACUAGUGCUGGCCAGGUAAUUCCAGAUUGGUUAAAAAUUCCACCUCUUGCAGAAGUUGAAACCAUGAUUAGGUAUUAAGUCUCAGUUUGGUGACUGUGGGGCUUAACACAAGUGACUCCAUUUAGGGCCUUUUGUCUCUUUAAGUGUGUAAGGCAAGCUACCUGUCCUUUAUUCUCUGAUACGUCCUCCCGAUGUUUAAAUUAAGAGGUCGGUCUCUCUCUCUCUCUCUCUCUCUCUCUGUUUUUUAAGGAAAUAGUUGUAUUGGUUAGGUCUUUCUGGUAUAAGUAACAAACAUAAAACUACUUAAAAGGGAAGUCUGUUGGGUGAUGUGAACAUAAGUCUGGAGUGGGUAGGGCUCAGGCACAGUCGAAUCUAGGGGCUCAAACAGGGACAUCAGAGCUUGUUACCUAUUUCUAGUAUAGUGACCUCAAGGUCAAGAUUGAAUCUUCCCUUGUAAUGCUGUCUGAUGGCAGAAGACUCUGCCUUGGAUCAUUUCCCGUCAUUGACCAUGUGCAGAAUGGGAAUGCCAAACAACCUUGCCUCACACAUAGCACCUGUAGCCCAUCUCUGUCCUCCAUUUGCUCACCCCAAACAGUAGCUCCAGUAGCAUCUUGCUCAUCAUUAUGAGGUAUGCUAGAUGGAAUACUUUGGUUGAGCAAGACGUCUAUCUUUUACACUAGAAGAAGUGUGCUCCCUAACUGCAAACAGGAAAUUUUGGGUGGCUGAGAGGGAAGUUAAUUUUCCAUACGAAGUCAUAAACUAGAAUCCAAGAGUGAGUUAUCAGGAAAAGGGUAAAGUGAAGAUGGUAUUAGGGAUUACGUAUUCUGAAUCCUUUGUUAGAGGGUAAAAUGAAAGCUAGGAUUUAUCUUACCAGGUCCUGGGUGCAGAGGGGCUGCUGUGGGGCUGAGAGAGGAGUCAAGCCAAGUCUCGAAGUCUCUUUUGGGUGGGUGAGAUGAUGUGGGUUCCCAGUGGUGAUUGGAGCCAGUUUGGCAGAAAAAUAGUCCUCAGGAAGCACAGGGGUGAGCUGGGCUUAUACCCUCGAGGAAGCACAGGGCAAGACUUGGAAAAGAGACCAGGUAGAUAAAUUUCAGUAAGUGCUUCCAUGAAUGAAAUUGUAAUGGAGAACGUUUCAGUAGACUGGGUUCAUCUUUCAUCCAUGCCUGUGAAAGCUACAGUUGUAAUUUUGCCAUUUGCUAAGCUGUUUCUGUACUUAAGUUCAUUCUUGUAAAGUCUGCUGCUUGACAUUCCUCUAGCAUUACAAAAAGCCUGCUCAGAUUUCCAUAAUCAAAAACAAGUGUUAAGCAUUGUUAGGGUCAUCGUUUUCCUGCAGUUCUUACUGUUGGAUUUAUGCAGUCCUUUAAGGAGCUCAGAAAUAAUUGAGGAUCCAGUGGCCAAGGAUGAGACCAGCCCUGCCUCUCACUAGAACUUCAAUUCUUAGCUUGAGGGAAGGUCAGAGGUCAUCUUGAGACUGUGUCAGAUGCCGUGGGUCCUUUCUCCAGGAAAAAUGCACAUGCAUGAACAUUGAACCGUUGAGGGAGACAGUUUUCAGAACCCUAAAGUCCAUCCGAGGAGUAUGUACUAAAGUGAAUUUCCUGGAUUUUACUUUGAGAAUGAAAAAUUUAUUAUUACGUUAAUUGAGAGGCUCUUGGUAGUUUUGAAGACUUUUGUUUUCGCACUAGCUUGCUUUCGCAGGCAUUUAUAAAUUUAUGACUUGGAAACAACGUGGAACGCCCAUUUUGGUUUGUUCUUGUAAAAUCUCCCAGAGGGUUUUAUAGAGCUGUCAACCUGGAGUGUCAACAGUGGUGCAAACUUCCUCGAUACCCCUGUGCAUCCCUCUUUUCCAGCUUGUUUUCUUUCCUGGGGAUGAGGAAUGUCAGAAUGGGCCUAUCUGUGUCUGCAGAAGAAGGGAGGUUUUUGUUCACUGAAGCUGCCGCUGUUUGUAAAACUGUCUCCAGGAUUUGGUGUUGGCCUGGAGCCUUUGCUGCAGAAGGUAGCCCAGUGGGCCACUAGCCAGCCUGUCAUUUGGUGGUGUUGGGUGUGGGUAUACUUGGAAUUAUGGCUGUGGGUCCCUGUUGUGGUUUAGUGCCUCCUUUCUGCUGUGGCACAUUUGUUCAUGCAUACACCAGAACUACAUGCUGAGGGAUGGCAAGGGAUCAUUCUUCAGCAUAAUAUGUUCAUGCUUAGGAAUAUGAACAUGCUACUCCAGGUGGUGUGCGUGAUGUCACUCUGCUGUCUCCCCAAAUUCCUGCAUGGUGGAAGGAAUAGGAAAUACAGUACCUCAUAAACUUGAAUAAUUCAUACUUCUGUAAUUGGGGCAGGGUUGUCAGAGGUUGCAAAAGAACUAUUACUUCUAAGAAUAGUGCAUAUUAAGACCUCCUUUGCUCCUUAAUCUCUAAAGUUUGAAGAUUAAUCUUGUUAUGUGUUGAUGGAUAUUUAAGCAUUUACUGUUGGUGUUGGCUUUAAUUAAUCCCAUUGCUCUGCUCACUUGUAUUACAGUCUUAUUGUACAGGCAUGAUUUUUGUUACUUGAGCAGUUUCCCCUUUCUAUUCUGUAAUUAAGAGAAACAAGAUAGAGUACACAGAAGUUUUGUAAAAGAUGGUGCCAUCCAUGUGUAGGUUGUUUUAAUUUACAAGCUUCACUGAAAAUUAUUUGGCUCUCAAGUGCUUUCAGUUAUUAAAAAAAACCUGCUAAGUAAUAAAGUCGUGUAUGUGUGUUCAUUUGUUUUCCUUUUGACACUAGGAAACAAUUGAGCUGACAGAUUAGCUGUCUGGAAAUAACACCACCUUUGUGUUCAUCUAUUUCAGAAUCAUAACACACAUCUUUGUAAUCCCAGGAAUGCAGUUUUGAGUUACUAGUGUUGGAGCCCUCUUGAGUUGCAGCACAUACAGCCUGUAGUUUAGUUUGCCCGUCCUCAGGGUCCUCUCCCAGGACAUUUCUGGGCCUCUUUGCUGUGGGAACCCUGUGUGAACAUCCUUCCCUUGUACGUGUGAAAGCUAAAUGCCCACCCUGGCCUAUGGCUCUUUCCGCUUGCCUUCCAGACCCCCACAUUCCCUUUGUUCACCUUGAGAUAGUGCUUUUCUUUUAUCCAUGACCCUUUGUGAAAAGGUUCCCUGUGACGGGAUAGAACUAUCUUUUCUGAAUGUAUGUGGGUUUUUUGUUUUUUUGUUUUACCGCUUGCCUGUUCUGAAAUGGUGAAGUCAAAUACGAGUCAACUGGCUGUCUUUGUCAGCCUCAGUAUAUGGAGCUGCAAUGUGGGUCUGUUUCCCACUAUUUCCCCAGACUGGGAGCUUGAGCAUACAUGUUUAUGAGCAGUCUGUUUUAGUGGGUAUUUGAGUGGCUACUAUGGCCCAGGAGCUAGAUUUCUAAGAAAAGCUCUAUGUUUUCCUUAAGUCUUAAGAAAACAACUUUACUAAUGGGGUACUGGUAUCAUCUUGGUUUUGUAAAAGGUAGCUGGCGCCCAGAGAGCUCAGUCACUUGAGCAGGAGUGCAAGGGCAUGGAGCUGGUAAGUGGUACGCCUGGCUCUAGAGCCCACGUGUGCACACGUGCUCGCUCGCUCUCGCUCUCUCUCUCUCUCUCUCUCUUUUUGUUUUUAAGAUUUAACUAAUCUCUACACCCAUCGUGAGGGUCGAAUUUACAGCCCUGAGAUCAAGAAUUGCAUGCUCCACCAUCUGAGUCAGCCAGGCACUCCCACAUGCUCCUGACUUCGUUCUACAAGCUGUGGAAGGAGGGAAUCGGCCACGUUCAGAUGGAUGGAGUGGUAACUAACGUGCACAAGAUAGAUCAUGGGAGUGCUCGUGAGAGGUACAGGCCAGCCACUCUGAGAAGAGAGUCCUUCCAGCUGUGAGCAUAGGAAAGGAGCUGGCAUUUAGGCUGGUCCAUCUGUGAGACAGCUGAGGCCUGGACAGAGAUUUGGACUGUUCUGCAAGCAAGCACCUGCCCCUCGGAAGCACUCACGGAGGAGGGUCACGUCAGAGGAGGGUCAUUACUCUGGCUGCAGACCUCUUUUUCAUCUGGAUAUCUGGUCAUUAAAUGCAGUGCCACCCUCCAGAGGAGUCUCAUGAAGACAUUCACAUGAGUGGAAUUAAACUUCACCUGCCUUGAUUUGGUUUCACCUCCAUUUUUUCCUUGUUACUCUAGUGAAAGUCUGUGAAUUCAGACAAAGGAGUUGGGGGAGUCAGUAAGCUGGAGUAAACUUCAUCUUUAGCCCAUGUGCCCUGGGCUUGCUGUAUCAGGGUGUGAACUGGAUGAUCUGCUAGGAUUAUGAGUGCCCAGUGAAGAAUGUGAUGGGAUCAGUAGCAUGUCUGCGGAGAGCGGCCCUGGGACGAGAUUGAGAAAUCUGCCAGUGAUGGGGGAUGGACUAGAAACCACCCAAAUGUCUACAACGCAGGCCCAGGCCCAACCCCAGCAAGCCAACACAGCCAGCACCAACCCCCCGCCCCCGGAGACCUCCAACCCCAACAAGCCCAAGAGGCAGACGAAUCAAUUGCAAUAUCUGCUCAAAGUGGUGCUCAAGACACUAUGGAAACACCAGUUUGCGUGGCCUUUCCAGCAGCCUGUGGACGCCGUCAAGCUAAACCUCCCUGAUUACUAUAAGAUCAUUAAAACGCCUAUGGAUAUGGGAACAAUAAAGAAGCGCUUGGAAAACAACUAUUACUGGAAUGCUCAGGAAUGUAUCCAGGACUUCAACACUAUGUUUACAAAUUGUUACAUCUACAACAAGCCUGGAGAUGACAUAGUCUUAAUGGCAGAAGCUCUGGAGAAGCUCUUCUUGCAGAAAAUCAAUGAACUGCCCACUGAAGAAACUGAGAUCAUGAUAGUCCAGGCAAAAGGAAGAGGACGUGGGAGGAAAGAAGCAGGGACGGCAAAACCUGGCGUCUCUACGGUACCAAACACAACUCAAGCAUCGACUCCUCCGCAGACCCAGACCCCUCAGCAGAACCCUCCGCCUGUGCAGGCUGCACCUCAUCCCUUCCCUGCGGUCACCCCAGACCUCAUCGUUCAGACCCCCGUCAUGACAGUGGUGCCUCCCCAGCCACUGCAGACAGCCCCGCCGGUGCCCCCUCAGCCACCACCCCCACCUGCACCAAACCCCCAGCCUGUGCAGAGCCACCCACCCAUCAUCGCGGCCACCCCACAGCCUGUGAAGACAAAGAAGGGAGUUAAGAGGAAAGCAGACACCACCACCCCCACCACCAUUGACCCCAUUCAUGAACCACCAUCACUACCCCCGGAGCCUAAGACUGCCAAGCUGGGCCCCCGGCGGGAGAGCAGCCGGCCUGUGAAGCCCCCCAAGAAGGACGUGCCCGACUCUCAGCAGCACCCAGUGUCGGAUAAGAGCAGCAAGGUCUCAGAGCAGCUCAAGUGCUGCAGUGGCAUCCUCAAGGAGAUGUUUGCCAAGAAGCACGCAGCCUACGCCUGGCCGUUCUACAAGCCUGUGGACGUAGAGGCAUUGGGCCUGCACGACUACUGUGACAUCAUCAAGCACCCCAUGGACAUGAGCACAAUCAAGUCUAAACUGGAGGCCCGCGAGUACCGCGACGCUCAGGAAUUUGGUGCUGAUGUCCGAUUGAUGUUCUCCAACUGCUAUAAAUACAACCCUCCUGACCACGAGGUGGUGGCCAUGGCCCGCAAGCUCCAGGAUGUGUUCGAGAUGCGCUUUGCCAAGAUGCCAGACGAGCCUGAGGAGCCUGUGGUGGCCGUGUCCUCCCCAGCGGUGCCACCCCCAACCAAAGUGGCAGCCCCGCCCUCGUCCAGCGACAGCAGCAGCGAUAGCUCCUCCGACAGUGACAGCUCCACCGAUGACUCUGAAGAGGAACGAGCCCAGCGGCUGGCCGAGCUCCAGGAGCAGCUCAAAGCCGUGCACGAACAGCUUGCAGCCCUCUCCCAGCCCCAGCAGAACAAACCAAAGAAAAAGGAGAAAGACAAAAAAGAAAAGAAAAAAGAAAAGCACAAAAAGAAAGAAGAAGUGGAGGAGAAUAAGAAGAGCAAAGCCAAGGAACUUCCUCCUAAAAAGACCAAGAAAAAUAACAGCAGCAACAGCAAUGCGAGCAAGAAGGAGCCUGCGCCCAUGAAGAACAAGCCCCCUCCUGCGUACGAGUCGGAGGAGGAGGACAAGUGCAAGCCCAUGUCGUAUGAGGAGAAGCGGCAGCUCAGCCUAGACAUCAACAAGCUCCCUGGUGAGAAACUGGGCCGCGUGGUGCACAUCAUCCAGUCGCGGGAGCCCUCCCUCAAGAACUCCAACCCCGAUGAGAUUGAGAUCGACUUUGAGACUCUGAAGCCGUCCACCCUUCGAGAACUGGAGCGCUACGUAACCUCCUGUUUGCGGAAGAAAAGGAAACCUCAAGCUGAGAAAGUUGAUGUGAUUGCUGGCUCCUCUAAGAUGAAGGGCUUCUCGUCCUCGGAGUCGGAGAGCACCAGCGAGUCCAGCUCUUCUGACAGUGAAGACUCCGAAACAGAGAUGGCUCCGAAGUCAAAAAAGAAGGGGCACCCCGGGAGGGAGCAGAAGAAGCACCAUCACCACCACCAUCAGCAGAUGCAGCAGACCCCGGCCCCCGUGCCCCAACAGCCCCCGCCGCCUCCCCAGCAGCCCCCGCCGCCUCCACCUCCGCAGCAGCAGCAGCAGCCCCCACCCCCGCCGCCCCCGCCUUCCAUGCCGCCACAGGCAGCCACCACGAUGAAGUCCUCGCCUCCGCCCUUCAUCGCCGCCCAGGUGCCCGUCCUGGAGCCUCAGCUCCCAGGCAGCGUCUUCGACCCCAUCGGCCACUUCACCCAGCCCAUCCUGCACCUGCCGCAGCCCGAGCUGCCCCCUCACCUGCCCCAGCCGCCCGAGCACAGCACUCCACCUCAUCUCAACCAGCACUCGGUGGUCUCUCCUCCAGCUUUGCACAACGCGCUGCCCCAGCAGCCGUCGCGGCCCAGCAACCGAGCCGCCGCCCUGCCCCCCAAGCCCGCCCGGCCCCCGGCCGUGUCACCUGCCCUGGCUCAGCCACCCCUUCUCCCACAGCCCCCCAUGGCUCAGCCCCCCCAAGUGCUAUUGCAGGAGGACGAAGAGCCACCCGCCCCACCCCUCACCUCCAUGCAGAUGCAGCUCUACCUGCAGCAGCUGCAGAAGGUGCAGCCCCCCACACCACUACUCCCUUCCGUGAAGGUGCAGUCCCAGCCCCCGCCCCCCCUGCCGCCCCCACCCCACCCUGCCGUGCAGCAGCAGCUGCAGCAGCAGCCACCACCACCGCCUCCCCAGCCGCAGCCACCGCCCCAGCAGCAGCACCAGCCCCCGCCACGGCCUGUGCACAUGCAGCCCAUGCAGUUCCCCACCCACAUCCAGCAGCCCCCACCACCCCCGGGCCAGCAGCCUGCACACCCACCCCCUGGCCAGCAGCCGCCGCCGCCACAGCCUGCCAAGCCUCAACAGGUCAUCCAGCACCACCCUUCACCCCGGCACCACAAGUCAGACCCCUAUUCAACAGGUCACCUUCGCGAAGCCCCCUCCCCGCUUAUGAUACAUUCCCCCCAGAUGCCACCGUUCCAGAGCCUGACCCACCAGUCGCCACCCCAGCAAAAUGUCCAGCCUAAGAAGCAGGUAAAGGGCAGGGCUGGGCCACAGCCCCCAGGGCCAGGUGUGGGCCGGUGCCAGAGGCACUCACCUGCCUCACCGGCCACCGUGCCUGUGCCGUCCCAGGAGCUGCGCGCGGCCUCUGUGGUCCAGCCCCAGCCCCUGGUGGUGGUUAAGGAGGAGAAGAUCCACUCACCCAUCAUCCGCAGCGAGCCUUUCAGCCCCUCGCUGCGGCCAGAGCCCCCUAAGCACCCGGAGAGCAUCAAGGCGCCCGUUCACCUGCCCCAACGGCCUGAGAUGAAGCCUGUGGACGUCGGGAGGCCUGUGAUCCGGCCCCCUGAGCAGAAUGCACCCCCACCAGGGGCCCCCGACAAGGACAAACAGAAACAGGAGCCGAAGACACCAGUUGCACCCAAAAAGGACUUAAAAAUCAAGAACAUGGGCUCCUGGGCUAGCCUGGUGCAGAAGCAUCCCACCACCCCAUCCUCCACAGCCAAGUCCUCGAGUGACAGCUUCGAGCAGUUCCGCCGCGCUGCCAGGGAGAAGGAGGAGCGUGAGAAGGCCCUGAAGGCGCAGGCCGAGCACGCGGAGAAGGAGAAGGAGCGGCUUCGGCAGGAGCGCAUGAGGAGCCGGGAGGAUGAGGAUGCGCUGGAGCAGGCCCGGCGAGCCCACGAGGAGGCUCGCCGGCGCCAGGAGCAGCAGCAGCAGCAACGGCAGGAGCAGCAGCAGCAGCAGCAGCAGCAGGCGGCCGCGGUGGCCGCGGCCGCCGCCCCCCAGGCCCAGAGCUCCCAGCCCCAGUCCAUGCUGGAUCAGCAGAGGGAGUUGGCCCGAAAGCGGGAGCAGGAGCGAAGGCGCCGGGAAGCGAUGGCAGCUACCAUUGACAUGAAUUUCCAGAGUGAUCUAUUGUCAAUAUUUGAAGAAAAUCUUUUCUGAGAGCACCUAGGUGACUUCUGACUCUGAUUUUCUGGCAAAACGUUGACUCUCCAUAGUGUUAGGGGCGGCAGUGGAGGCGGUAGCAGCGGCGAGGGGGUGUCUCCGGGCCUGGCCCUCCUGCAUGCUGUGCCCGGGGCAGGCCUGACGGGCAGCUGAGGAUCGCAGAGCCUGUCUGCCUUACAGCCAGCUGGACAGCCCGCCACCCACCACCCCCUCACGGGACGUCAGCUCAGAGCACGCCUCGCCACGAGCAAGUGCCGGCCAGACCCAAGCCGCGCGUCCCCGCGGGCAGGGCACAGGCCCUGCUCUCCGCCAAAUGUCUACACAGUAUACACAGGACAUUGUUGCUGCCGCCACCACCGUGACUGGUUUCUGUCCCCGAGAAAGUGACGUUCGUGACGUCCUGCCCACCAGGAGUCCUUCCCCCCACACCCCAGCCACCACCGCCCGCUCCCAGGAGGCCAGGGCAGGCCCGAGCGAGCUGGAGGCGGGCGAGGGCGCCGGCCCACCCCUUGCUGGCACUGACUUUGCCUUGAACAGACCCCACCCCUCCCCUCCCCCCACAAGCCUUUAAUCGAGAGCCGCUCUCUGUAAGUGUUCGCUUGUGCAAAAGGGAAUAGUGCCGUGGAGGUGUGUGUGUGUCCAUGGCAAUUCGGAGCGAGGUGACUGUCACACGCGCGUGUGUGGGCCGGCCUCGCCCGGUGAGUGAGGCCACCAACCAAAGUCAGUUCCUUCCCAACUGUGUUUCUGGGUUUUUUUGUUUUUUUGUUUUUUUUUUCCUAUAUAUAUAUUUUUUGUUGGAUUCUAUUUUAUUUUUAACUCUCUCUUCUCCUCCAGACACAAUGGCACUGCUUAUCUCCGAAAUGGUGUGAUCGUCUCCUCAUUGAGCGGCGGCUGCCACCGCGCUGUGGGUAGUGUGUGACCGUGGCUGUACUGUGUAGUGAACAUAGUUGGCAUAUCUUUGUUUGAAGUUUGUUGGUGACUCCACCAAACUGGUGUAAAAAAAACUCAAAAAAACCCACAAAAAACAAAACAAAACACAAAACACACAAAAAAAAACUGCCUAUAUUUUACUCAGUUUCAAACUUUAUUAGUCUAUUUUUAAUUAUAAAGCCAUGUUUUCUUUUCCCUCCCCACUCCUUUGUUUUUUAAUGUCAAAUCUGUUUUGAGUUGUUUUUUACCAGGAAAGGAAGGGCCAGGGGAUGAGGCGGGCACCAGGGGCUGGGGGCCACAGACCACUGAGGCAGAGGCUCCCCACCCAGCCUGACCAGCUGGCUGCCACUUCCCCUACUUUUUUUUUUUUUUUUUAAUUUUAUAAUUGGAGCCCUUGGUGAGGUUACGUGUGCCAUGAGAACCCACUCUACACCACGUCGCUGGUGCCUCAGUGUUGGCCAAACUCUGGAGUCACUGACUGGUUUGACUUUCAUACGGUGAAUAUGCAUUUGGUCUGUACUGAUCAUGGAAUAAACACAUCUCUCUUUUUUAA